GAGACCUGAGGCGAAAGAGGCGGCGCGCAGUUUAAACCACAGGGAGCGAGCACGUAAACGGCGUGUGACGUCACCUAGAGCGACGAAAACGGAAGUCGACGCGCGCCUCGUGUUUGAUAUUUUACUUGUACAGAAAUCUGUAAGCGAGAUGUUGGGUUCUUACUGUUGAGGGAAGUGGUUUUACUAUAUCAGCUGGAAGCAGACGCAAGGAGGAAGCAGCUGGCAUUUACUGUGACAUCAGAAUGGAUGUGAAAGAGAAAAUGUGUGAGGCUGACAGAGAUACCAUGGAGAAAAUGACUGUAGAUAUCAAGGAGGAGGAUUGUAAAGGGGAGACUGUCCAUCCUAAAGAGGAGAAUAUGUGCAUUAAGGGUGAGGAUUAUGACCUGGGGUCGGCAGGCAUGAAAGAGGAGGCUGAGGUGAAGUCUGAAUCGUUACAAUGUGACGCAAAGAGGACUGAUGAAAUUUCAUCUCAUAGAACACAGGAAGAGCAGCCAUCCUCUUCAAAUCAGUCUGGAGAAAAUUCUCUGGGGAGUUGCAGCUUUUCUCCAUCUUUACCCACUCAGACUCCUCUUCACUUCAAAGCGCAAAUGGCAUCUCGUAUUGAAAAUAUGAUCAAAUCGGCACCUGGAUCAGAGAGUUUAACUCUGGUCUCUUUACGGUUUAUUUCUGUGCGUGUUGUGAAGCAAAAGAGAACAGCCGCAAUUACCAGCCAGCAACAGGUUCAAAAUAGAAACCCGGGGCCUUUGUAUGUCUGCCAAGAGCAAAGGAAAAGUUCUGAAUGCAAACCUAUUGCAGCGGAAAUCAGUGGAACCACCAGUGGAGGCAGUCUUAAAAAACAGCCCCGAGUUAACACUGGAGAGAAGUCAUAUUGCUGCACUGAAUGUGGCAAGAAAUUUUCUCGAAGCAGCUAUCUUAAAAUCCACACAAGAAUUCAUACUGGAGAGAAGCCAUAUUGUUGUUUGGAAUGUGGAAAACAAUUUUCUGACCGACGCACUUUGUAUAACCAUAGAAGAAUUCAUACAGGAGAGAAGCCAUAUUCCUGUCCAGAAUGUGGUAAAAGAUUUUUUAGGAAGACUGAUAUGUUUAAACAUUCUAGCGUUCAUACAAAAGAGAAACCAUAUUGCUGCACUGAAUGUGGAAAACAAUUUUCCCGAAACAGUUACCUUCAAGCCCACACAAGAAUUCAUACUGGGGAGAAGCCAUUUUGCUGUUUGGAAUGUGGAAAACAAUUUUCACAAAGGAGCUAUCUUCAAGCCCACACAAGAAUUCAUACUGGAGAGAAGCCAUUUAAGUGUUCUGAAUGUGGAAAACAAUUUUCAGACAGGCGCUAUUUCCAUACCCACGUAAAACUUCACAGUGAGAAACCCUACUGCUGUUCAGAAUGUGGCAAACGAUUCACAGAGAUGGGUGCUCUUCAUAGACAUUCUAAAGUUCACACCGGAGAGAAGCCAUUUUGUUGCACUGAAUGUGGAAAACAAUUUUCCCGAAGCAGACAUCUUGAAACCCACACAAGAAUUCAUACUGGCGAAAAGCCGUUUUGCUGUCCUGAAUGUGGCAAACAAUUUUCGGACAAGAGCAAUUUUAAUAGUCACAAAAGAACUCAUACUGGAAAGAAGCCGUUUUGCUGCCCUGAAUGUGGAAAACGAUUUUCACAAAAGAGUGCUCUUCAGACCCACAAAAGAAUUCAUACUGGGCAGAAGCCGUAUUGCUGUUCCGAGUGUGGAAAACAAUUCUCACAACUGAGUGGCCUUCAGAAUCAUACAAGAAUCCACACUGGAGAGAAAUUAUAUUGUUGUUCAAAAUGUGGAAAGGGGUUUUCCCAAAUUGGCCAUCUUCAGCGACACACAAGAAUUCAUUCUAGAAGGAAGUACUUAAAAUUCAAAGGCACAAAAAAAACCGAGUACCAAGAAAGGCAAUCCAGAAUUGAGCUAGAUGUGGAAUUGAACAAAUGAAAUUGUGCCAGUAGUGCUGCGAUCAACAGGUCUUAUCAAAACAAAACAAAAAUAAAUAAAUAAAUAAAAUUCCAUGCCCAUGUAGGUGCCCUACUAAUUACUAUCACUCUUUAUAUCCUAGAGAAGGGAGCACUGUUAGGGGCAAUACAAAUGGUAUGCAGAGCAAAUGUAAGAGAGUAACAACAGUAGCUUCAUGACUCAGUCGUGAGUGAGGGUCCUGAUAGUAAGCAAACCAACCAUUGUUAAGAAAUGAACUCGGUAAGAAGAUAUGGGUGUGCCUUGGUUUUAAAUGAUGGAGAAAUAUUAUGGACAACAUUAAAUAAACAUACAGAUACGUAAAUAAAAACAUUGUGAAAUUUGACAAUAACGAAAGAGAGCCUGAAAUGUGAGUAUAAAGAAAUGACAAUGAGUUUUUUGUUUGUUGUCCAUUAUAUUUCUCCAGAUGCAAUAUGAAAUAUGUCUUGAUUUUAAAACUUUCGCUUGUCAAAGUUGAGA